AUUGAAACCAGGGCUUCUCACUGGCUAGCAGCACACCUUUCUUUUUGAAGGUCCGAGCCCACCUAGAUUGGCACGCGCGAGCCUGACCGCCUCCAGGCACCACGUCAGGCUCUGACUCUGCUUCAAGCCACUCCUAUUCUUCGGCUGACACCCCCCGCCCCGGUGGUCACGUGGAGCUGCUCGCCACGCAAGUUUGGGUCCUGCGAUCCACCGGGGUCCUUGCCGCCUGGGAGACGCUCCUACGCUGCCUGUUCGCGCGAGAGUUUGGAGGGGCGGGUUUGGGGGUCGGUCUCUAGUGUGGGACUCGUACCGUAGCGCAUCUGAGACCUGCUUAGGCGUCCACUUAAACGGCUCGAGGAGCUGGCUCAGGCAGUCGCCGGGGCACCCCGUGUCUGGAAAGCGCAGGAGCGCUCUGGAGAAGCCUGGCCAGCCCCGCUUCCCCGCAGCCAGGUGCUAGGGUCGGGAGCUAAAGUGAGAGUCCGGCUGUCUUCCAGCGCCUGGGCCACGGCGGCGGCCCUGGGAGCAGAGGUGGAGCAACCCCAUUGCGCUAAAGAUGAAGGGCUGGGGUUUGCUGGCCCUGCUUCUGGGGGCCGUGCUGGGAGCUGUCUGGGCCCGGAGGAGCCAGGAUCUACACUGUGGAGCUUGCAGGGCUCUGGUGGAUGAACUAGAGUGGGAAAUUGCCCAGGUGGAUCCCAAGAAGACCAUUCAGAUGGGCUCUUUCCGAAUCAAUCCAGAUGGCAGCCAGUCAGUGGUGGAGGUGCCUUAUGCUCGCUCAGAGGCCCACCUCACAGAGCUGCUAGAGGAGGUAUGCGACCGGAUGAAGGAGUAUGGGGAACAGAUUGACCCUUCCACCCACCGCAAGAACUACGUACGUGUAGUGGGCCGGAAUGGAGAAUCCAAUGAACUGGACCAACAGGGGAUCCGAAUUGAUUCAGACAUCAGUGGCACCCUCAAGUUCGCGUGUGAGAGCAUUGUGGAGGAAUACGAGGAUGAACUCAUUGAAUUCUUUUCCCGAGAGGCUGACAAUGUUAAAGACAAACUUUGUAGUAAGCGAACAGAUCUAUGUGACCAUGCCCUGCACAUAUCGCAUGAUGAGCUAUGAACCACUGGAGCGGCCCAGACUGACAAGCUUGAUGGAUCACCCCCAGGAGGGGAGAGGGUGGCAAUGCCUUUUAUAUUAUGUUUUUACUGAAAUGAACUGAAAAAAUACGAAACCAAAGUAUGAACCGUGUUGUCUUUUCAUGCCCAGAAUUGGCCCUUAAAUUAGGCUUGAAAAUAGGAGAUUCCAGACAGGAAAGAAAAGGCAAGGGAAGGAAGAGCUUUGGGAAUGGUAUAGCGCUAAGGUAGGAGGAGCCUGAAGCUUUCUUUCUUUUGUUAUCUGAGAUUCCUGCUGGACUCACAAACUAGAUAAGCAUUUAUUCAGUGCUUAUUCAAUAUGAUGUGUUUAGAGUCUAAUUAUAGUGAGAAGAGGAACCUCUAUGAAUAAGCUAGGGAACAUGAAUAAGUGUAUGAUAGUAUAGGAUUCUAGAAAUUACUUGUAUUCAUACUGAUGAAACAUAAAGUAAGAUAGAGCUCAGUCCUGAAGGAAAUGGAUUUUUCUACCCUCCCUACCCUUCCAGAUGGAGGGAUCAGCAAGAGCAUACAGGAAAGGGCAAAUGGAUGUGAUCAGCUCAGCUGAAAAGUAAGGGCUUAUCAGAUAGGGAGAAAUGAGGUAAGGAAUGUUAUUUAAGGAAAGGCCUUGCUUGCUGGCCUAAGCUUUCAGAUUUGAUGCCAAAGCAACAGUAAAGUAUACCUUUAUCAUCUCCAUCACUAGCCAUUGUCAAUGUGGACCAUAAGUGUGUCCCCAUUUUCUGUGUGUAGAGAUUCUGUGCAGGGGCAUAGGGAUGAAAAUAUAAAGGAUACCUUCUUUGAGGAGAUUCUUAAACACCCUGAUCCUGAGGUGUGGCUGUCUCAGGGUUUGGAAUGGAACAUUUGUCCUGGGAAUGCCUCAGGGAGAGAACACCUGUUAUUGAGUUUUAUUACAUUUCAAAGACUUUAAGCACUUUAGAAUCUAAAGGCCCUUGGAAGUCAUCUAGUUCACCUUUGCAGAUGAAGUAACUGAUUUUACAGAUAAAGAAACCGAGGCCCAGAGAAACCACAGGUCCUCAAGUCCUGUAUAUAGUGGCAAAACUGGAUCUAUAAGCUAAUGUUCCCAAGUGUCAAUCUGAUCUAAUAUAGCUGUGAAGUAG